CGCAAUAUGAAAACAAUCGCGCAGGGUCUCCAAGGUUAUUAUGUGUAUCUGCGGCGCUCGUGGUGGUCGUGACUAGGGUGCUGCGGUCGUGACUUUCGCCUUCAGUAAGGCAGGAGCUUGAGAACAUUGCAAUUAUUUGAGGCCACGAUGGAUCAAGCCAGGACAACAAUUUCAAAAAUCUUCAAUGGGGAGCCGCGCUCCUACACUCGCUUUAACCUGACCCAGAACAUGGACGGUGACAACAGCCAUGUGGAGAUGAAGCUGUCAUCUGACAUGGAUGAUGAAGUGGAGGCUAACGGUGUUGGGGAAAACAUAAACCAACAUAAUCGUCCUUAUUACCCCAGCAAACUGAACCAGCGUUCUCCCAAAACCGUCUGCGGAUUUGUCAUUGGCAUUCUGUUCCUUUUCAUUAUUGGAUACCUCAUUGGUUACCUGUCUAACAGAAGCACAGACAAAACAGAAAUCAAGUCCAAUUGUCCGGUCUUUAAUGAGAUUGCCCCAGUGAGAGCAGAAGCAGUUUAUUCAUUGGAUUGGAGUGAUCUCAGGGCAUUGCUGAAAAAGAAACUGACAACCCCCAACAUUAACACCAACCUCAAGGAAUUCUCUAGUGCCAGUCACCAGGCAGGAAGCACAGAAGAUGAGGCACUUGCUAAUAAAAUCAUGGGGAAAUUCAAAACUUUUGGAAUGAGUACCUGGACAGAUGAGCACUAUGUGAAAGUCCAUGAGCCUGGUUCCUCAAAUAACAGAGUCCUGUUCCGUGGUAACAUUGUGGGAACAACUGAGGGCUAUUUGGCAUACAGUGCAGUUAAAACAGUGCAGGGUGCAGCUCUGUAUGCCCAUUAUGGACGAACAGAGGACUUCAGGCGCCUGCAAGAGCUGAAUAUUGACGUGAAUGGAAAGGCUGUCUUGGUCAGAGCUGGACUCUUAAGUUUUUCUGAAAAGGUUGCUAAUGCUGCUAGCUUGAAUGCUAGUGCUGUGCUAAUUUAUCCAGAUCCUGUUAACUAUAAUAUUAAAGACGACACUGCUCUUUUUGGCCAUGUCCAUCUCGGGACUGGUGAUCCCUUCACUCCAGGAUUCCCUUCCUUCAAUCAUACCCAGUUUCCCCCAGCUCAGUCAUCUGGCUUGCCCAGCAUUCCAGCCCAAACUAUAACCAUAAAACAGGCUACUGAGAUCAUGAGUAAGUUAGGUGGUCGGACUUCCCCUGAUGGCUGGAGUGAUGGGAUGCUUCGGGAUACCAUGUACAGGCUUGGCGAUGAUGGCGACAUUAUUACAGUGGAAGUAAACAAUGUCCUUAUUCAGAAAAAAAUCCACAAUGUGUUUGGAGUCAUUAAAGGUUAUAUGGAUGCAGAUCGUUAUAUGGUGAUCGGAGCCCAGCGAGAUGCAUGGGGCCCUGGAUUUGCCAGAAGCACAGUCGGCACUAGUUUACUGGUGGAAUUGGCCAGAACUAUCACAGACAUGAUCAAGAAUGAUGGAUUCAAGCCGAAGAGGAGCAUAGUUUUUGCUAGCUGGAGUGCUGGUGAAUUUGGGAGUGUUGGGGCCACUGAGUGGUUGGAGGGCUACCUGACCUCCUUGAAUUUGAAAAUGUUUUCUUACAUCAGCCUUGAUGAAGUUAUUUCAGGUUUUGACUCUUUCAGAGCAACUGCCAGUCCACUGCUGUAUGAGUUAUUAGAGAGCACAAUGAAACAGGUCUCCUCUCCAGUUGAUGCAACCAAAUCCUUGCAUGAACAGUUUGCUGGAUCCAACUGGGAGAAGUCUGUAAUGGAGCCUAUGGGUUUGUCUCACUCUGCUUAUCCAUUCCAGACCUUCUCGGGCAUCCCGUCAAUUUCGUUUCGAUUUACUUCGAGUUCAAAGUCAUACCCUUUUGGAACUAUUGAGGAUACUGAUCAAAAUCUGGAACGGUACACUUCCUACAACACUCUCAAACUCGCCAAGACUGCAGGUGAGGUGGUCGGACUGGUUACGCUUCGGCUGAUGCAUGACCACUUGCUCAAACUGAACGUGGCAAAGUAUACCAGCGUCAUCCGCAACUAUGUGUCCCAAAUCAGGUCUAAAUUUGAAUCAUGCCAAAUGUCUGGCCGCCUUCCUUCCACUGUGAGGAUGCAGUGGCUUCUCUCAGCUCAGGGGUCAUACGAUCGUGCUGCCAGCACCUUUGUUUCAGCCAUCCGAAACAGUGACCUUGAAGACAUGGAGCAGUGUCGCAUCAUCAACAAUCGCAUUAUGAGGGUGGAAGGCAGUCUUCUCUCUCCCUAUGCGUCUCCGCGGGAGAGUCUGUUCCGGCAUAUUCUGCUGGGCUCUGGACCACACACUUUGGCAGCUCUGGUGGAUCACCUUGAAGCUAUUAAAGGAGGGCUUGAAUCUGCUGACAUUGACCAAUUCAAGAAUCAGUUUGCUCUUGCCACCUGGACCAUCCAGGGCUGUGCCAAUGCAUUGGCAGGGGAAGUAUGGGAUAUGGAUAAUGAAAUUUAGACAAGCAGAUUCAGCUUACCUCUUUAACUAUGUGAUAACGUUGAACCGUCACUCAAGGCAAAAAAGGAAACUUAAAGAAGAAAAUUAUUUUGGUGCUCUAUUAACAUAAAUUUAUGAUAAGUGGUUUAUAUCAGUAUUUACAGCAGUAGUUGAUCCAAAAAUAGAACAUUAUGUCAUCAUUUACUCACCAUCAUGUCAUUCCAAACCCCUUCUGUGAAACACAAAAGAAGAUAUUUGAAGAAUGUACUGGUCACACUUUUCCAUGAAAUUGCUGGAGCUAUCAAACUUAAAAAAAGACACAAAGGCAUAUAACAUUAUAAAAGUAGCUCAUAUUACUCAUGUGCUAUAAUUCAUCCUCUGAAUCCAUACAGAUCAAAAUUCAUAAGGGGUUUGAUUGACAUCAAGGUAGACAACCCAGAAUUUCUAUUCUUGGGUGAACUAUUCCUUUGAGAUCUAGUUUAGAUUAUACAAAUUUGGAAUGUGUUACUGGUUUGUUAUUUUCAGCAUUUUCAGACUCCUUUUAGGAACUUCUUGCAUAAUACCUGAACAGUCUGGAUUUAGAGGGGUUUUUAUACAGGCUCCAGUUUGACAAUCAGCCAUUGUCAUUUUAAUGUUUGUAACCUAACUUACCUGUGAUCAUAAAACGCCUCGUAAAGCACAGUAUUUUUCCAAUUUUCCGGUUGGAUAAAAUUUUUCAGGGGCUUUUCAGAUCAGUUCUGUCAAAUAAUAGAAAGAAGCAUUCCUAUGUGGCUCUGAAAUCUCUAUUUAUUAGUUUUUUUUAUUUAUCAGUGACAGGGAUCACUAUAAAUAGCAUUUUGUAACGCCUUUUUUAACAAAUGUAUAAUUAUCGGAAGCAGUGCCUUCCAUAAUUAUGACAGUUAUACUGUCGAAAUGUGAAAGCAGCAUCUGCUAUGGAGAUAACCUUGUUUUCAAAAGCUAUGACCACAGACUACAACAUUGUAUUUCUUAAAUGAUCAUUUAAAAAAAAUCAGUAAAUUACAAGUAUGUAUCAGUCUUUGGCAUCCUCCUUUUGAAUCAAUGUUAUACCUGAUCCAGAAUCAUUAUCGGGAGCAGUGCCUUCCAUAAUGCGAAGAAGAUGAUGGUAGAUUUUGCCUACCGAUGUGUUGAUAUCGAGGGCAGUGCCCCUCAUAUUUCACUGUGGUGUGAAUGUAAUAAUUGGGAACAGUGUUUCCUAUGAUGAUGUACAAAAUCAUCUAUAUUCACACACUCUUACAAUAGAAGUUAUCUGUUGUGAGUCUUGUAAUCUGUUGUCAGUUUUUCAUACGCAAUCAAGUGCUGUUACCUUCUUUAGCCUUGGAUUAAUCAAAUGUGGAACAGGUGAGGAUCACAGCAGAGAUUAAAAACAUUAGAAACAUUCUCUGUAUGAUCCUGUCAUGGGCUUCUAUAAGAUUCUGUUCUGUUCUCUUACUCGGUUUUCAUAUUUCUUUUGUUUCUGGUGUAUUAUUUAUUAUUUGUGCCUUGUAGAUUAUGAUGAAGCCUUUAAAAUGCUUUUUCCCCCUUCUCUUUGUUCUUCUUUGUUUUCUCUUCUUUGUGUGUAUUUAACUUCACUCUUGCUGUUUUACUUGCAAAUCAAAGUGAGAUUAAAUAAUAAUAAUACAAAAAAAACUAUUCAGCUAAUUGGUUUUAAUGUUCACCUUUUGAUGCCAGUAUCAUCUGUUUAUUAUUAUAUCAUGGUUGUCAGAAGACAUCAAUAUGAUUCGAAAAGUGGGAAAUAAUGUUUAUGCACUGAUAAAAAAAAAGACAAACACUCAUGCAUGACUUUGAAAUAUGUCCUGUUUGAACACACACACACACACACGUGUGUGGAAGAGAUGAAAAUGUAAAUCUAAAAAAAAGUCCAUUGUGACUUGCAGUUUCAUGAUUGUCUAUGCAGAUCAAUAUCUUAAAAAAUGUUUCUGAAGAAUGCUAUAUCCGUAGUAGUUUUGUUGUAGACAAAAGUGGUUUAUAGAAUUACACGUGCACUGAUUCUCAGUUUUAUGAUUAGUCUGCAAGUUAAUCAGCCAAAUAAUAGCCAAAUAUGUUUUGAAAUAUUAUCUGUAAUCAUAGCUUGUGUGUACAA